AUGAGCAGCUUAGAAGUCGUCACAUUCCCCGUGGUUGUUGCCAGUUCCAGGCAGAGAUUCAACUUGGCAAAGAAUAAAUCCCGCACAGGAGAAUUCACUUUUCGAGGCAAAAUAGAAUUGGCCAGGAGCAAGGUAGAUAAUAGUUCUCCAGAUGCACAGACUCAUCAUUAUUUCAAAGUCUCUAAGAUACAGGAUGCCCAGCGAAGAGUUGGGCUGCUUCAACAAGAAAAUAACUCCCUGUGUGUACGUCUAGCUAAUAUAUAUCGUGGUUCAGGUAUGGUUGAUUGCUGGAAUGAAUAUCAACAAAAGAGUGUGUUCCGACAGAAGCGGAAUAUAGAACUUGUAAGGAUUAGUUUGGAGAAUCAGGCAAUUCUUAAAAGACUCCGAGAUAGAAAAGCAACCUAUGACAGGAAGGAGUACGAAAAGGAUUGGCAGAAUUCCAGGAGUUAUAUGAGAAACACUUCUCGUUUUCCAGUACCAAAUCAAGAGAAACUAAACAAUGUGAGGAAUGGCAAGCCACUUAGGACUACUCGAAAUACACAGUCUAGCUGAUUGUAACGUCAACACUUGCUGGCAUCUUCAUUAAGGUUUUAGAAUAAAACAAG